GGUCUUCUAGAUGCUGAUAUUACAGGCAUGCCAAAUGGCUUGUUGUCAGGACUAGGAUUCAACAACAAGGACAGUUCACACGGUGGUCCACAAGAGCUCAACCUCUUCAAUAGUAUGGGGAACCUCUUCCACCCUGUUCAGCAUCAGAUGCCCGCUGGACACUCUCCCAUGCAUCCGCAACCCACACAGAAUCAUUUCAAUCCUGUACAAUUCCAGAAUCCACCAACCAACCACUUCAGAGCACCACAUGAUGCAUUUGCUGGUCCUCAUAAUAGAUAUCCUGGUGCCAACCCGUCAUUUGUGCAAAAUGAAAAUAGUUUCGGUGUUCAGCCAAACCAUUUUGUAGGAUUUCCGGGAAGUCAGUUUAAUACGCCCCCACAACCUCAUCAUCACGUGUUCGGUGGUUUGCCGGGUUUUAAUCAGGAUGUGAAUCCUCGUUUAAGCACAGGAUUUCGGGAAAGUCCACCACCUCAACCAUCUCCUAAGACUUACAUGCCCUCUCCACCAUCGCCACCGGCUAUAGUCCAACAGCCCCCAACUUCAAACCCUUCUGCAAUGCCCAACAAGCCAGCUGGUAUUGCAUUUCAAAACCCUACCAAUGUACCUUCAUUUACACAAGACUUUGCCACGUCGGGAAUACCGGUUUCACAUCAAACCAACCUUGCUCCCGCUGCUACUGUACAGCCAAACAACCCUGCCCCUGCUGCUAUUGUAGUACAACCAAAUCACCAAGCCCAUGCUGCUACUGCACAGCCAGAUCACCCUCCUCCUGCUACUACUGCACAAAUAAAUCAUCCUUCCCUUGCUGCUAAUCCUACCAACCCAUCUGCUCCUAGUCAAGAUUCUCGCAAUGCAGGGUUUGAAAUCAACCAUAAUCGUGGACCUCUUGCUCAGCAACCAAUGAACCAUAUGAGAGCAUUUGGACCGUUUGGCAGUCAUCCACAUGAUACGUUCUCACAACAAAAUAAUUUCCUCCAUCCUCCAAUGCAACCGCUCCAUAAUUUUGGACCAAGCGGAUUUAUGAAUAAGCCAGUUCAAGACUCGGCUAGCAAAGCUACCAAAAAUAUCCACAACUUUAUGGGUGGUUUUGAUGAUUUUAACAAUGGUUUCCAUGGGUUUUCUAGUAACAUCGGUAGGAAAUCACCAUCCAGCGACACGCGUAACAAAGGCUCAUUCUUCAACAACCUCUUCAACUUUAAACGAAGAUAAGAAAUAAUGAAUGGUUGCUGACAGAAC